CGUAUUUCCUACUCUUCCUCUGGGACUUGAACGCCCCUCUGCGGGGGGACGGCGGGUUCAGUUAAAUCCCUCCCCGGAUUUGAGAACACGCACCACAGACACGCACGCUCCUCGAGCGCUUGUAAACAGAAGCUCACACGUGACACCGAGAGAGAGCCGAGUCGCGCGACCGCAUUGUCUGCGAGCGGACAAAGAGCUGCACGAGGAGCUCCACGGACAGGUGAGCGGUCAGCUGCCAUGACAACAACAACAACCUGUCUCUGCGCCGACAUGAAGCCGAGGACCGAGGGUCCCUGCGAGUCUGACCGUCUGAGGAGCUCCAUGUCCGGAUCUCAGGGACAACGACGCUAGGCUGCGUCUCCCCCAGCUGGAGGUAAACAAAGCUGGGAGCCUUUGUUUCUCCUGUGAGCUGAUCCAGCUCCAACACAUCUGACUUUACUCACCUUUAAUGUCAGGUAAUCCAGGCUCGAGGCGGCCUCAGCAUCCACAUCAUUUAAUCUAAAGGUUUUUAAUCUGGAGGAAAUGUCUUUCACAAUGGAGGACCACUUGGAGUCCGGAUGGGUCUCUGUCCGACCCAGAGUCUUCGAUGAGAAGGAGAGACACAAAUUCGUCUUUAUUGUGGCCUGGAACGACAUCGAGGGGAAGUUCGCCAUAACCUGCCACAACAGAACCGUGCAGAGACGGACCACCUUCCUGGACCUCGACAGCACCACCCCCCUCCCUGAUCCGGGUGCCUCCGUGGCAGAAACACGCACAAGAAGUCCUGUCAAAGUCUGCCAAACUGGUAAAGUUAGACCACAUUUUGUCCCUGCAGGAAAACCCCAAACAAAGACAGCAUCAGAGUGCAUCAACACCACAUUAGGCUCCUGGGAUAUUGUGACCCCUAAAGUGUUAGACCUAGAGAUCCUGGAUCCAGUGGAUGUCCUGUUGUCUCCAGAUGAUCCAGACGCAGGAGAUGGGGACACCAGUGCACGCGAGGACUUCAGCUGGGCCGGGUUGUUCUCCUUCCAGGACCUGCGCGCAGUCCACUUCCAGCUGUGCGCAGUCAACUCCGACCUGGAGCCUUGUUUGCCCCCCUUCCCAGAGGAGCAGUCCGGCAUGUGGACUGUGCUCUUCGGGUCAUCCGAGGUGUCUCAGAGGGAGACGGACGCCCUGUGUUAUCAGCUGCAGGUGUACCUGGGUCAUGCCCUGGACACCUGCGGGUGGAAGAUCCUCUCUCAGGUGGUUUUCAGUGAAGGGGAGGACACGGAGGAGUACUACGAGAGCCUGAGUGAGCUGAGGCAGAAGGGGUACGAGGAUGCUCUGGAGAGGGCCAAGAGGCGCAUGCAAGAGGUGUUGGACAAGCACAAAGCCAUGGACAGCAUGGUGGAGCUGCUGCAGGUUUACCCCGAGGAGGACGAGGCGUAUGGAGAGCUGCUGGAGGCGACGACUCAGCUUUACCACUACCUGCUUCAGCCUUUCAGGGACAUGAGGGAACUCGCGAUGCUGCGCCGACAGCAGAUUAAGAUCUCCCUGGAGACGGAGCGCCUGGGUCCCCGCCGCGUGGACGGCCUGAGGAAGGAGGACGAGGAGUGGCAGAGGAAGGCCCACGCCGCCGUGCUCUCCAUACAGGACCUGACCGUCAAGUUCUUUGAAACCACGACCCGGGCUCAGAAAGCUUUGUUCGAGCGGAUGCGAGCCGACCAGAGGAAGUUUGGAAAGUCGGCGUGGGCAGCGGCGGUGGAACGCAUGGAGCGCCUUCAGUACGCCGUGUCCAAAGAAACCCUGCAGCUGAUGAGAGCGAAGGAAAUCUGCCUGGAGCAGAGGAAGCACAGCCUGAAGGAGGAGAUGCAGAGUCUGCAGGAUGGAGAGGAUGCCAUGCUGCGUCUGGACCAGCUGGAGGCGCUGUACUACGAGUUACAGCUGCAGCUGUACGACAUCCAGGCGGAGGUGCUGCGCUGUGAAGAGCUGCUGCUCACCGCUCAGCUGCAGAGUCUGCGCAGACAGAUGACAGGUGAGCAGCUGAGCGGUGCUCUAGGAGAGCGACAGGAUGAGGUCGUGUACUACGAUGCCUUUGAGAGUCCUGAUGCCAUGAAGGGCGAAGAGGAACACGCGUCCCCGCCCUCCCCCCUCAGAGAUGAAGAACUCAGCGUCCUGCAGCAGAGGACGAGACAGCUCGAGGCCCGAAGAGGACGCAUCACUGCCAAGAAAGUCUACCUCAAAAACAAGAAGGAAAUCUGUAUCGUCAACCACAACCAGAAAAUACAGCAGAGAGAAGGAGACGGAGACUCACUGCAGUCGCUGCAUCAGGGAGACGUGGAGGAAGAUGAAGCCAAGAGCAACGCCAGAGUGAGUCAGGAGAGGCAGAGGACUCUGGACAGACUGCGGAGCCUCAAACAGCGUUAUCCCGGUCAGGUGACUCUGAAGUCCGCCCGGCUGCGUCUCACCCAGCCUCACACCCGGAGGAGAGGCGCCCAGCAGCCCAGCACUCAGACCACCAGCGUCCAGACCGACCUCAUCUCUGACCUCCCAGAACUCUCCGCUGCCCCUCCUCCGCCCGGCGCCUGGGACAGCGUCUCUCUACCUACCGUCCCGCUCCAGACCCUGGACUCCUCCUCUCCUUUCCUCUCUCUGCCUCCUCUCUCAGCCUCCCAGUCUGUUCUGUCACUGGGUGCUCCCCCGCCUCCUCCUCCUCCCCCUCCUCCUCCACCUCCCCCUCCUCCUCCGCCCCCGUCUUUAGAGGAGAAUCUGCUGGGUGAGAAGAACCCGUCAGACAGUCCGGUGCGGCUCCAUCCCUGUGAAUCAGAACCCGCCUCUCUGCCUUUGGCUCCUUUCUCGCCGCGGUUCUUCGACAGCAGUCAGCUGCUGACGGCGAGGAAGAAGCUGAGGAAGACCGCCUCGCUGGACUCGUCACAGUGGAGAAGAGCGAGCUCCCCGAUGGACGAGGUCCUGGCCUCUCUCAAACGGGGCAGUUUCCACCUGAGGAAGGCCGAGCUCCGAGUCCUAGCCCCGGACCCGGACGACGACAGCGACAACAUCCUGGCUCAGAUCCGUCAGGGCGUCCGGCUGAGGAAGGUACGGACCCGACCCGAGCAGCGUCACGCCAAGACUUUCCCCAACUCUGCCGACGCUCUGACCCGCAGCAUCCACGAGGCCCUGAGGAGAAUCAAAGAGGCCUCCCCAGAGUCCGAGUCCGAGGACGAGGGCCUCCCCUGCACUGACUGGGAAAACUAGAAGUUUUUAUGAAACCUUUACGGACACACGGAGCCAAAACGAAGACGAAGACGAAGGCUCAAACCGGGGUUAAAUCACCUUGAAGACACUUUGGUGCAAUCUGAACAAAAACCCCUGGAUUUCUUUUUUUAUAUCAGAAACUGACGGAAGGUUUUUUUUGAAUACUUCUGAAUGUUUGUAAAGACGGACCACUAAUCUUUUUUAUGUCGUUGCUGUGGCAUUCUCGGCGAGGAUACAACCUCUAACCUCUCAUUAUGUGGGUCUACAUGUCAGAGUCGUACUGUAGCUUGCUGUGAUGGGUUUGUUUUAGGAAGCGGAUGUUAGGAUGCUUUUCACGGUUCUCUCGCUUACAACAGAGAACCAUCACUGUAUACGUAUGUGUGUGUGUGAGUGUGUGUGAGUGUGUGUUGGACGCUUUUACAUUCUGUGACAACCAUUUACAUCUCACAUGCACGCAGGAUAGGAACGCCCACUUCUGGAGAGGCGGAGUUAGACGUUUUGGGGGAAACGAGUGCUGGAUGUCGCUUUAGAUUCAGCCUUGUCACGGGCAAAUUCCACCAGAUCCAUGUCCAGUCUGUCUCUGAUCCGUCACAGCACCAGAUCUGAUUCUAUUCGAGUCAAUGUGUUAACUUCCACUGGAUCCACAUUCGAGCUCUGUCUCUGACCCGGCAGGUUGGAACGCAACAGAUCAGAUACGCAAGACUUCUAUUUUUGCUGGAUGCCUGAGCACGACGCAUCAAUCCCAACAGAGCAGAUGGAGCGGGACAGGAAGUCAGGCACCACACAUUUUCAGAAUAAAACACUCUGCGUCAUGAUGAGCGGAGCCAGGCCUGGAGUCAACAGGUCAGAGGUUUUCAGAGGACCAGAAAGACAACAUGGAUUAGGAGAGGAGGAGGAGGAGAAUCCUUGAUUGACAAGAGAAAACCUCAGUCACAUGACUCCAGCUGUCCGGCGGUCCUGCUCAAAUCCGGACCACAGCGGAUCGGACACGGACUGGACAUGGAUCUGGUGGAAGUCCCGUGUCAGCAUCAGGAGAUUUGCGAUUCCCCCUCUCAGAGUAAAUCAAAGACACACAAAGACGUAGAUACAUAGAGAUGAAAUGUUAUUUAGCAUAGUUAAAUCUCUGUCUUCUAUUUGACAGAGCUUUUAUUCAUCAAUAGUCGAGGUGGAGACGUGAGAUAAAGAGAUAAGACCCUAACCCUGGACCUAAGAGUCCAGCAGCUUCUGAAGCCCACUGAGGUUUUUAAAAACACUCUGUCACCUCUCGCCAAAAAUCACACUCCUCUAGUGAGCUCAUUCAAAACUGAACAUAUGCAGAUUUAAAGAUUACUUAAACUUCACGUGGAUGUGAUUCACUUUUAUAUUUAUUACAAAGAAACAUCCACACGUCAGAGGGAGAAGAUGUCUCCAGUAUCAAAGUAAUCCACUGAAUGCACUGCUAACAGGAAGCUACGGCUCACUCUACCUGCUUAUAAAGCUGCCAGUGACAGAAGCGCCUGAAUCAUAUGAUAGGAGUGAUACAAGCCAUCCAUAUUUAAUAUUUACUGUAUUUAUUAUAUGAAAGCUCUGCUCUAGUUUAAGUAGUUUUAGAGAUCUGGGUCAGAAAGGAGGAAGAGUUUUCACCAGGAGGAGAUCCAGAUCAGGUGUUUACCCGCAGCCCCACACAGGCUUUAAAAAGAGCUCUGCACAGCCGGGCCUCACAUAUGAAGUCAACUUCUGUAUUUGCUCCGCUGCAGCGAUUAAAUCUCCAAGAUCUCAUGUGAGCUUUCUCAAGAUCUGAAGGAGGCUAGCUUUAACGCUUCAUGCUUCUGCUAACACGACUGUUUCCAUAUACAUAGAAUCUGAUACACAAACACUGGAGAUAUUAACACACACACACAGCUGGAGGUGUAGCCUCUUCUUUUCUUCUACGGACGCCAUUUUGACCGUGUCAGUAUUGGAACGUAAUAUUCGUACGUAUUCCAUUUAUACGAAUGCGCAGAUUACAUCGUGAUCGGCUAAUUGGACCUCCGAUGCGGUCGUCCCACGUUAUGUUACAUUAUUUUUAAAUCACCAGAAACGCACAGACUCUAUAUACAGAAAAAGGUUAUUUUUAUGGGGUACUAUCCCUUUAAAUUUCAAAACUACGAUCUAGAAGUAACUUUCUUUGUACGAAGUGAAAUAACAAAAUAUUCGUCUUUUUCAAUUUCUGUUAGAACAAACAUUUGAAGACAUCUUUAUGGUGAUUGUUUAGCGCCUAAUCAGUUCAGAGAAUAACUUUCAGAUUAAUUUAUUAUAAGAAUAUUGAGUUAUAACGAAUAUCAUGGGGUCUUAUGAAGAUGUCCGAUUAUCACGUUGCUUUAAAAACUAACGUACAACUAAACCAGAAUACUUAAAGAGCGUAUGAGCGUAUGUCCGAGGCUUUACCGCCCCCUGCUGGUUACUGACGAGCCUCCUGCUCUCCACAAACUGACAACAUUCAGAUCAUAAAGUGACGUUUGUAUUUAUUUUAUUGUUUUUAAUAUCCGUUUCUUUAAUCUAAGGGAGUCUUCUCUUUUUCCACUGCCUUGUUUUUUCCCCUCCCUUACUGGAGUUGUUUUUUAUUUUAGUUCGGUGAGUGUGUGUGUGUGUGUGUGUGUGUGUGUGUGUGUGUGUGUGAUUUAUACUGGCCUCAUUAUGUGUUAAAUGUGUCAAACCUGAAAACUCACACUGACCCUUCUGUUUCUGAAAAGUCAUGCACUGAUGGCUUCGUUUAAAGGAACAGUACGACAUUUUGGGAGAUGUAUUUAUUUGCCUUCUUGUUGAGAGUUAGAUGAAAUAAUGCAACCUAUAAUAUAAACCAACAAUAAGUAGUGGGUCAGGUUUUGUUACUUUUAAAAGAAGCCAGUCGAAAUGGUUAUUCUUUACUUUUU